AUGGCAAAACUGAAGAAAAAGCAUUUCUCAUACAAGUCCAAAAAGAAGAUGAGAGCACCUGAUAAUCCAAUUGCACCACCCGUUAUGCCCUCACAUGCUGCUGGUGGUUAUACGAUAUCUCAGGCACGGUUAGCGGAAAUACGUUCUUACUUCAUGUAUUGGUAUUUCGAUCAGGAUAUGUAUGGCGGACGUGGCGACUAUCAAUUUGAUAUACACGCUUCAAUGACACAAAUACACAAAAACUUGAAUUUCCAGCUGCCGUUCUUUGGUUUCCGUUUCAAUUACACACGACUAUCACUUAAUGGUUAUUUGGAGUUCUCAGAUCCACCAGAAUACUUGACAUAUCCUUUGGUAUUCCCCGUUAAAGAUUGGCCUAAAAAGAAUGAUCCAUCCUUCAUUGGUAUUUGGUUUUCGAAGUGUCGUGUCGGACGCAUCUACGCAACUGAUAUCGACCAACGUACGCCCGGUGUAUAUUUCCGGUAA